AUGAACGGCGCUGUCGACCCCGAGAGAAACCAGGCCAUCGAGGAUUACAAAAAGACACUGCUCGACCUGCGAGAAUGGGAGGCGAAGCUGAAGUCUCUGCGGAUGGAGAUAAAGGACUCUCAGAAGGAGUACGAUAUAACCGAAGAAAACAUCAAGGCUCUACAGAGUGUUGAUGCAUACGUGCAUGGCAUUGCAUCGGGAGAGUCUGGAUUAACCCGAGCAGUUAUCGUCAAAGCAUCAUCGGGCCCAAGAUACGUCGUAGGAUGCCGUUCCAAGGUCGACAAGGCGAAGCUAAAACAAGGCACACGUGUCGCCCUCGACAUGACAACGCUUACGAUCAUGCGCAUGCUCCCCCGUGAAGUCGAUCCCUUGGUGUACAACAUGUCGCUGGAAGAUCCUGGUCAAGUCAACUUCGCCGGAAUCGGUGGUUUGAACGACCAAAUCCGAGAGCUCAGGGAGGUUAUCGAGCUGCCGCUGAAAAACCCGGAACUCUUUAUGCGAGUCGGCAUUAAACCGCCGAAGGGUGUCCUGUUGUAUGUGGUUUCGUCUGCUAUUGUCGACAAAUAUAUCGGUGAAUCGGCGCGGUUAAUCCGAGAGAUGUUCGGAUAUGCAAAAGAACACGAGCCAUGCAUUAUCUUUAUGGACGAGAUUGAUGCCAUCGGAGGCCGUCGAUUUUCCGAGGGUACUUCUGCAGAUCGUGAAAUUCAACGGACGUUAAUGGAACUGCUUAACCAGCUGGAUGGUUUCGACUAUCUUGGAAAGACUAAGAUUAUCAUGGCUACAAAUCGACCAGACACGCUUGACCCAGCGCUUCUUCGUGCCGGACGUCUGGAUCGAAAGAUCGAGAUUCCUCUUCCUAACGAGGUGGGACGCUUGGAAAUUCUCAAAAUUCACUCCAGUACUGUGGUGACGGAAGGCGAGAUCGAUUUUGAGAGUAUCGUGAAGAUGAGCGAUGGUCUCAACGGAGCCGAUCUGCGAAACGUCGUCACUGAAGCUGGUUUCUUCGCUAUUAAAGAUGAACGAGACUCCAUCAACCAAGACGACUUCAACAAGGCGGUCCGCAAGGUGGCCGAGGCAAAGAAACUCGAGGGCAAAUUGGAGUACCAGAAACUAUAA